CUCCUCCUCCUCUCCACCUCCAUCAUUACUUCUGCCCCUACUACCUCCAUUCGCUGGGGAAAUAAUGGACGCUUCUCCGGAGAUUGAGAUCAAAGAGGAUGAAAUGGGUGAAGGUGGUGUACCCAGGGAGGCUAAGGGCGACGGAGGCACGGCCAUUUCGACGAUGAAGAAGCUUUGGGCUGCCACCACCUACGAGCCGCUGUUGCUGCUGCAUGCCAUUGUCCACUUUGGCACUAUUGCCAUGACAGAGUCCCUGAUAGCAGAAAAGAGCUGUCUGGUGACCCUCGGCAAACCGGAAGAUAUCUGCAAAGAACUUUAUAAUCAUCCAGAUGAUGAAAUUGAGGUACAGCAAGUUGCGUCGAAAUAUCAGGGUUCUGCAACACUGGCCGAGAACCUGGUCGCAGUGUUUCUGCUUCUUUACCUCGGCCCCUUCUCUGACAACUGGAAAACUGUAAACUUAUACAUAGCAGUUCCCAUGAUCUUCUCUCUCCUAAGGUACGGUCGGAAGCCCUUCCUUUACCUGAGUCUGGUGAUGAAAACGUUGAACAUUCUUAUCCUUUUCUUCGCCUCCGUGUUCAUUUACUCUCCUACUGAACUCACUGUCGUGGCGCCGUUCCUCUACUCCCUCGGAGGAGCGAUGGGCUCCUUCCAGAUGCUCAUUUUCGCCUGCAUCUCCGACGUCACGACGGAGGCCAACCGGACCUACAGGCUGGGAAUCCUCAAGAUCUUUAUUGCUUUCGGGUCACCUACUGGCAGGGUGGUCAGCGGCCAGAUGUAUGCGGCGGGGGGGUAUGUAGCAGUGUACGGGCUGGCGCUGGGACUCCUGACCAUCUGCCUCCUCCUGCUCGUCUUCACUGCGGAAUCUGUGACAUUCAGUGAUCAUGAGGAGAGGCCCAAGUUCAGGGUCUUGUGGCUGGUGGAGGUCCCCGCGGAGCUGCUCACCGCCGUCCACCGCAAGGAAGGGCCGCGAAGGGGCAUCGUCUACGCGAUCCUCUUCGCUCAUAUCUGCAUCUUCUUCGCUAUGAAUCCUCUGUAUUUCCUAUUCUUCAAGUUGAUGUUCGACUGGGAUGCGACAGACUACUCUAACUGGCUGUUCUACAGGGACAUGACCAAAGCCAUUGCGCUGGUGCUGCUGAUGCCCGUCUUCGUGGGCCGCCUGCGCCUCCCCGACACCGCCCUCGGGCUGCUGGGCUGCAGCUCCGUCGCCUUCAUGCAGAUCGCCCUCGGCCAGAUCGUCAGCGCCUCCAUGACGUGGGUCGCUUUCCUCGGUCCUUUGCUCGGGAUGCUGGAACUGUUCGCGCACUUGGCCUCACGUUCCAUCAUGUCCAAGUGUUCGGAUGGAAGCAGAGAACUCGGAAAGCUGUUCGCGGCGCAGGCGGUCCUGGACUCCAUCGCCACCGGAUUCGCAGGCCCUUUGUACGCAGCCGUGUACAGCUCGUCGGUGGACAGCCUCCCCAUGGCGCAGUUCCUCCUGGCAGCCCUGUUCAUGUUCCUGGCCGUCUUGGGCAUCAGGGUGUGUGAUAUCUUCCUCCUGAAGAAAGAAGCUGGAGCCAGGUAUGAAGAUUACCAAGGAAAGGCAUGA